UCUGGCACUUCCACUUUAUAUUGCGUUACAUUAGAAUUACCGCGGAGCAGUGCGGGAACUAAAUGGCUUUACUCCAACUUGCAAACCCGUGACUGUCUUUUAAUAUUUUCUGUAUCUGUGCGCUGAUCCCACCCUUUUUGUGCCACCUGUGGAAUAUCGGAGAUUGCCGGCACUACGCACAAGGGAGUACACAGAGAAACAUGGUCGUAAAUACAAGCAGAAGUUUGUUAUACACGCUAUGCCGAGAGGCUGUUUCCUUUAGGAGUGAAUUGCGGUUCUACAAAAGUGCCUUCGUGUCCAGGCAAGUGUUUCAUUGCCAGAGACGAACUUACUCCGCCAACGGUACGAAGACGAGCCUGAGUCCGAACAUUUGCUCAUCGCUUGCCGGAAGAUCUUAUAAAGAACUCUACGAACUAUCGGUGGAAGACCCGGAUACUUUCUGGGGAUCAAUUGCAAAAGAGAGGCUUUUAUGGAACAGACCUUUUGAUCAUGUGAACAAUUGUGAUAUAUCAACUGGAAGGAUCAACUGGUUUCCUGGAGGACAACUGAAUGUUUCUGUUAACUGUUUGGAUGUGCACGUGGCGAAGCAUCCAAAUCGGGUUGCCCUGGUGUGGGAAAGGGACGAACCAGGAACAGAGGUGAAUGUCACCUACAGGGAGCUCCUAGAAAGCACCUGCCGAUUGGCCAACACCCUGAAGAGGCAUGGAAUCCACAGAGGGGAUAGGGUGGCCAUUUACAUGCCUGUCUCCCCAUUGGCUGUGGCGGCUAUGCUGGCCUGUGCCCGGAUUGGCGCAGUACACACUGUGGUCUUCGCGGGCUUCAGCGCUGAGGCCCUGGCUGGACGGAUCCAAGACGCCCAGUGUAAGGCGGUUGUCACGUGUAACCAGGGCGUGCGAGGGGGCCGGGUGAUCGAAUUGAAGGCCACGGUGGACGCAGCCGUGAAGAGCUGCCCCUCAGUCCGGUCCGUUUUCGUUGCUCAGAGGACCAGCAACAGAGUGCCUAUGACCGGAAUUGACGUCCUGUUGGAAGAGGAGAUGGCGAAGGAGGCGGCGGACUGUUCCCCAGAGGUGAUGGACAGCGAGGACAUGCUCUUCAUGCUGUACACCUCUGGAAGCACAGGCCAGCCCAAGGGGAUUGUUCACACCCAGGCUGGAUACCUGCUGUACGCGUCCCUCACACACCAGUACGUGUUUGACUACCGGCCGGGGGACGUGUUCGGCUGCGUGGCAGACAUUGGGUGGGUGACUGGACACAGCUAUGUGGUGUACGGGCCUCUCUGUAAUGGUGCCACCACCGUCCUGUUUGAGAGCACACCUGUGUACCCAGACCCAGGUCGGUACUGGGAGACGGUGGAGAGGCUGGGGAUAAACCAGUUCUACGGGGCCCCCACGGCCAUCCGCCUGCUGCUGAAGUAUGAGGAGAGCUGGGUGAAGAAGUACGACCGCUCGUCCCUGAAAACCCUGGGCUCAGUGGGAGAGCCUAUCAAUCAUGAGGCGUGGGAGUGGUUCUACAAUGUGGUGGGAGACGGACGCUGCCCCCUGGUGGACACAUGGUGGCAGACAGAGACGGGCGGGGUCUGCAUCGCCCCCCGGCCGGCAGAGGACGGGGCGGAGAUCAUCCCAGCCAUGGCCAUGAGGCCCUUCUUCGGAGUGCAGCCGGCCCUCAUGGACGAGACGGGGGCGGCGAUAACAGGAAAUGAUGUCAGUGGAGCACUGUGCAUCAGCAAACCAUGGCCUGGUAUGGCCAGGACCAUUUACGGAGACCACCAGAGAUUUGUGGAUGCCUACUUGAAACCCUAUCCUGGCUACUAUUUCACUGGGGAUGGAGCAUACAGAUCGAAAGAUGGUUAUUACCAGAUCACAGGACGCAUGGAUGACGUUAUUAAUAUCAGCGGCCAUCGACUGGGCACUGCGGAGAUCGAGGAUGCCCUGGAUGAACACCCAGGGGUUCCAGAAACAGCUGUGAUUGGUAUUCCUCAUGAUAUCAAAGGGGAGGUUCCAUUUGCUUUUGUGGUUCUGAAAGAAGACGAUUCCCUUGAUCAUUCAGUGGUGAUCGAAGACCUCAGAGGCCUGGUGGCUACCAAAAUCGCCAAGUAUGCCAUUCCUGAUCACUUUCUGAUUGUGAAGCGGCUUCCAAAGACGCGGUCCGGGAAGAUCAUGAGGCGAAUCCUGCGGAAAGUGGCCACGGACGAGACCAGUAACCUGGGUGACAUUUCCACCUUGGAUGACCCCAGCGUGGUGACUGAGAUCAUGCAGGCCUACACGCGAUUUAAGAACCAGCCUGCUCAGAAGCGAUAAACACCGUCGGCCUGCCUGGCGGAACAGGGUGUCCAGUGCAGGGUGACCUUGCUCAUUUCAAACCAUCCAGCAUACAAAAUGUAGAGGAUCACGUGGAUACAACAUUUCGGAUUUCACUGAGAGCAUAGCUGUCCAUGUUGAUGUACUGUACACAUUGUGGGUUCAGCCACAUGCCACUAAUCUGUAAUCAUUUGUCUGACAGAGACAUUCCCCUGAUGUAAAAAUUGACAGUGCAAAAACGUAUGCACCUUAUCACUUUAUACUAACCUUGCAUGGCACUAAAUAAUUCAUCACUGUACACUAUCAGGACAACCUGGCAUCUAAUUUAAAUUCGCCUAGGUAUUAGGUAUUAUUUCAUCAUGUUCACCAUGAAUUGAGUUCUCAAUCAUGUGCUCACCAUGAGAGCUGACUGACACGAUCAGUAUAACUGCAGCCUUCCAGAACCCAAAUAUGCCAUACUAAACACUCCCAUCUUCUGAACCUGAAGUGUAAAUAUACUAUUGAUCAGCAGCUUGUAGCAAAUGUAAUUUUAAGUUGGUAAAAAACAAAUAACCUUUGUUGUAUAUAAAAUUGAGUCACAAUUUAAUACUCAAUGUUACAAUAUUUUUGCCAGCAAGGGAUACAGGAAAUAUCAAAUUGCAAUGAAGAUUAUGUAUAGUAUUUGUAAUUCAUACAUUAUUUUGCCUAACAAAACUUUUCACAAUUUGAUUUAUUUUCCACAACCUACAGAAGUUACAUGUAUAUGGUUUCUAGUACAAACAACUUCGUUCAUCAUUGUACAAUUGUAUAUAAAUCACCAUUUGUCUGGUUAAGUCAUUUGUGUUUUUAGUGUGUGUGUCUUUUUUGACUUAGCAAUUUUAUUGAGAUGUUAUUAAUGUUAAAUCCUGUGACUAAUAAAAUUGCAGUUGGUGCA